UGCAUUGACAACCUAUUUGAAGAAGUUAAUGAAUCCUGUAGAAGACGCCAUUCCGUCAUCUUAUGUGUUUCAAAGUCCAUUCAUAAGUGUCUUAGAUCAUAAACAUGUGCACUUUAAAUGGCCUUUCUUUUUGUAGUCAUGCAAGCGGGUUUGGCAUUCCUAGAGGCUGGUGCAGCAAGAUUGAAGAAUACAACUGAUAUCAUUCUCAAGAAAAUGAUUAUUUUGUGUAAGUAUAUAUACCUCGACUAGACUUACCUUCCUCAACUAAACUAGUCGUCGUCGGUUUUACUGGUUUAACCGCCGGUUGUUAUGUUGCGUGGUAGGAAUACAACUACCUGAAAAAUAAUCGAUCGUUAACAUCCAGGGUUAAAGAGCGAAGAUACUUUAAGAAUUGGCGACCUUUCUGAGCCAUGAGAAUGAUUUCCGAAAAUUAUUUGGAAUAUACUAACUGAAAACAAAUGGAGAAAAUCAGAUUUGCAAUCGUUGAAAAUACGGAUAGAGCUAUAUAUAUAUAUAUAUAUAUAUAUAUAUAUAUAUAUAUAUAUAUAUAUAUAUAUAUAUAUAUAUAUAUAUAUAUAUAUAUAUAUAUAUAUAUAUAUAUAUAUAUAUAGCGGAAGGUCAUAUGAUUGGAGUCAAUAUCAUAAGAGAAUUAUAUUUGCACGCGAAACGACUAGGAUGCAUGCUGGUGACUAUUUUGUCAAGCGCGUUGCUUCAAAGUUGCUAUGCUUGAAUGACAAUAAGGAGCUCAGUUUAGCAGCAACUACGAGUCCGAGAUUUUAUUUCGUGCGAGGAAGUGUUAUAGUCGUUCUCGUGUCUGUUUGUAAACAUACAACGAGAAAAAUUAAUGUUCUAUAAACUAAAUCUCUGCAUGCAGGCUCAAACCCCCGGAAGAUUAUCCCCUUCUAUGAGGAACAAUACACGAAUUGAGUCCAAAUAAGUCAGGAAUAAGUGGAGUUGAAAACAAGCCAGAUAUUUAGCAUUAAUAGAUACUAUUUCCUCCGGAUAAACGCUUUAUUUUUGCAGAAAAUGAAAAACCAACUUUCUUUGUUUUUUAAAAAGUCGUCAGAUUUCUCCAAAAUUUCGUGCAUGCAUGCUCACAUGGGCGAUGGCUACGACUUUUUCGCGUCAGUACGGGAUGGUGUGAUACAGCAUGCGUUUCGCUUGACAAAUCUCGUACUCCUACUCUUAUACAGUCGCCGCCAAAGCUCCCUAAUAUAGGGUUUACCAAAGGAAGUUACAUAAAUAACUUUGUUCACUGUCUUGAAACUGAGCUGCCUACAUUUUUCUAUAGUUUCAUGUGCGCUAACGUACUGGUUGUUUGGCUACGCUUUUGCGUGGGGAGAGAAGAGCAAUCUGUUCCUUGGCUACAGUAAUUUCGCACUCUCUUAUCUUCCUGAAUCAGCCGACGUCUACAUUCAUUGGUUUUUUCACUUUACGCUCGCAGCUCUUACGUGUUCAAUUGUCAGUGGAGCCCUCGCCGAAAGAACGAAUUUCACUGUUUACACUUUGUUUACAAUUUUAAUGUCAGGUAAUAAAUAAAUAAAUAUUUACGAGCAAUUGAUCGUUUGCAAUCGAUUUGCAACGCCAUUUUUUAUUUUAUCCAUUACCUACAUGACAACGGACUUGGCAUGACGAGCUAUGUUCUUUUCGUCAAUUAAGGUUUUGUUUACCCCAUUAUUUCUCACUGGUGUUGGCAUGAAGAUGGAUGGCUAAAGAAAGGAGAUGUUGAGGCUCUUGGGGAAGGAGUCUCGUUUCAGGUAAGAGUGGUAUACAGUAGUAGUAAUUGUCGGCCGCUAUGUUAACUUCACUCAAUCAUGCAUAGGGCCUUUUAAUUAUCUGGAGUUAUUUUUCAUGAUUGUGUUUAUGAGUUCACUGACUGCAGUUUGAUUGUGACCCUGAACUAAAAAAAAUAAGUUUAGCUUUGAAGUAUUAUUCCUUGGCUUAAUCAAUCAAUGUAAUAUAUAACCAAUAUAUCUUCCUUUUGUAGGAUUUUGCAGGCAGUGGUGUAAUUCAUGUAACUGCAGGGACGAUGGCAUUAGUGGGAUCAGCGGUCAUUGGACCAAGGUCAGGAAGAUUUGAGCGUGGUAAACCAGUCCCGAUUGGUGGACACACUGUUCCUGUAAGAAAUAGUUCCUUUAUGAAAUUACAUACAUAUAUUACUCAGCACACUCCCUAUCAGGGUUUUUCAGUGACUGGUUACAAAUGGCGCUUAAGCAGUCGCUAUUAGUACACACCUCAUUAAUGAUCUUCCCCCUGACCUAUGUGCCUAACCCACCCUGUCAACUUUCCCUGUGGAAGGAAACCGGAGUACCCGGAGAAAACCCACGACUUUCGACAGAGCGUUGAAUUUACUUUUUUCACAUGAGGACUGGGUUCGAGUCACAUUGAGAAAUUCUCAUUGAGAUUUGAACCUGCGACCUUAGAGCUGAAAGGCAAUUACCUUGGAUAACCAACGUUAAACCCCGCUCAAACGAUGAUGCGAGUUGAUGGGGGGUGGCAGUCACGAAUUGUUACAGCGGACAUUUCAAGCUCUGUAGAUUACAGGUCAACUACGUCAAGCGUUCCUCUUUCGAGUUCCUAACUUAAUAUAUUGCAAUUUUCCUCAUUAUUUUCGAAAAUUUUAUAAACUCCUUUCCAAAUACCUUGAGGGAAUUCGCAAUGUUCCUAUAUCGGCUGUUGCAGUAUUUCAAUGAAGAGAAAAUUAAUUCCUUUUAUCUCAAAAGAGGAACGCUUGACGUAGUUUACCUGCAAGAGAAUAAACGUUUUACGUCGAGUGUUCGAAUCACGUUUCAAUUAAAAUAAGAUACAUGAUAGAUGAUAAUGCUGGGAAAGCAUUCAGAACAGCUAACCAAAGUCUCGUGAGUGACUGCCAUCUCUCAUGCUUUCUCAUCCUCGUUUGAUCUGGGCUUUAGUGACCUCAAUAUGCUAAUUAUAAAAUUAUUGUCUUCAUAUCUGCUUAACAUAACAAUUCUUGAAUACAUAUUUGAAAGGCAAUGUUGAAUCAAAUUUUUCAAACUAAGCUUUCGAUAUAGAUGUCAUGCCUUCUAGCUCAUAUAAAUAAAAAAUUAUAGUAUUGCAGCCCUAUAUUUCACGAUUUCCUAUGCAUAGUAAAUAAAUUCUUUUCAUUUCGUCAACUGACAAAAAUUGCUUGAAAGCUUGUAUGAAACGAUUUUCUAAAUACAUGUUUUUGAAAAUUGAAAUCUUACUUAACACCCUCCUGCCAACAGCCACAUUUUUGAGAUCAGUGAGGCGGUCCACCCGUGACACUUACAUAACCACAGUCUCGCAUUCGCGAUUAUUGAUGAACUUUAGACUUCGCUAACUCUUUCUUAACCGCAUGCAGGUGUAAACUAGCCUCGACCCGGGCUUACGACAAUAUUUUUAAAAAUAUGGACAUAGAAAUGACGAAUGGAUAAAUACAAUGACUAGAUAAAAAUGGAAUAAAUUCUUUUCUAUUGCUUCUUACAGCAAUGUUAGCAAAUCAAGCUAUGAGUAAAAUGCAAUUAAAGCUUUCAAUUUUUCAUCUAAAGUCCACUAGAAAUACGAACCCGCUGUACUGGGUGAAUAUGACUAUAGCAUAAUUAGUGUUUGUUUUUCGAUUAUUUUAAAUUAGCUUGCUGCAUUUGGAGGAUAUGCAAUUUUACUUGGUUUUCUUGCCAUGAUUGGAGGAAGUCAAGGUCACGUAACAUCUCCUGGUGAUACCGAUGUAAUUGGUCUUAUCGUUAUUAACACGGUACUGUCAGCUGCAGCCGGUGGACUGACGGCGUUUUUCAUUCGCAGAACGUGGGGAGCAUGUUACGGGCAUCAUUCCAGUGUUCUCACAAUGAUUAAUGGAGCAUUGACUGGGGCGGUAAGAUUUUGACCAAGAUUUCUUAUGAUAAAACUGGGACAAAAACCCUUUAACAAAUAUUUGUGAUCCUUGAGAGGAAAUGAAAUCGGAAUACAAUGAUGGCAGCAAAUAACGCCAAGAUCAUGUUUAUUGGCUCAAUAUGCCAGUAUACCUAAAAUUCCAGGCUAAUUAAGUCUGUCUAGGUAAAACUUUAUUUUAUUUAAAAGAUCACACGUCUGAGAUCUACCUGAGAACUUCAUCUUGGGUAAAUGUACGAUACUUUAUACCCACAUAUGCCCAUAUUUCUAACAUUUCUAAAUUUUUCCAAAUGCAAAUGGCCUGCAAAGCAAUAUACCUGAAACUUCUGUCUGGGCCUGAUUUUAAACCUGGUUGGAUGAUAAAAGUCGUCCUUUCGUCCUGACUACCCUCAGGAACAGCAGCAGAUCGCCAGUUACGGGUCUUGUGGGCUAGGUAAAAUUUGCGGGCCGUGAGAAUGAUAUUCCAACGCAAGUUCUGCUCAUUUAGACAACGAUAAAAAACGUGCUAAUGCAAUAGGGCUCAUAAAUUUCUGAAUAAUUUGGAAUCCACUUAAGUUAAGCCUCUUGUCGACGAUUGCGCUCUUCCCGUUCCUAAUUUUUAUUGAGGGGUUCAGCGGAUGGCUCGUUACAGUUUUCUAAAAUGGAAAAUUUAUGAUUUACCAGAUCCGUAUUUUUGGAGAAUUAUUACUUAUUGAAAAUCAGAAAGUAUCUUACUGAUGUAAAACAACAUGUAAAGGGUUUGAAUUUUUUCACAAAUGUUACGCAACUGCCAUUGCUAUCGCAACAAUGACGUUUCAAGUGUAGGCGUUACUGCUAAGAUUAACACUCACGAAAAACAAGGAACUUAUAGUUUUUGGUUGGCUGCUAUAUCAAUAUCUCGUUGUUUAAUUAAGGUCAAAAAGUAAUAAUAAUUCUAAUAAAUGUGAAUUGUCUGAAAAUCACGGGCCUCUUGAAACGGACGGGCGGUUGGAUUCGACCUAUUCGGCCAUCAGUGAUUCAGCCUGAUGGGUAAUCCACCACUACUCAGGAAGGGUGAAAUUUGUUCGUAGACUACGUUAUUAUACCUACAUACAGCCCCAAGCAGUGAUUGCUAUACAUAUCUGGAGUUAGAACUUUAGUCAUUCGAUCGGCCUAUGAAAAAAGUGAAGCGAAGAUCGAUGGCAGACUGUUUGAAGUGCAAAAUUUAUUAGAGAAUUUAAGCUUCACGUCAAACGGCAUGACAGACAUUUCUUGGCAUACUUUCGUUCGAUUUCUGCGUGUCAUAUUUUCUUUCAUUUGAUACAGUAAUAGUUAAGCAUUCUAGUUAUAAAACAACAAGCUAAUUUACUUUUUAUUGCAUGCUUUAUAGCUUAAAAUAUUUCUUUGCCUUACGUUUGUCGUUUGUCGUUGAACGCGAAGCUUACGCUCUCAUACCAUUAAAUACAUAUACCAUUAAUUUUCAUACCAUUUAUUUCAUAGUUAUAGGUAAAUUAUCAGACAGUAUUACGAAAGUCACCGAACUGUGGAAUCGCAUCAAAAAUUCGUAUAUCGACCACUCCCACAAACGUCUACGACCGCGCCUACAUAGUUUUGCAUGUUUACAAUUUUAAUUUUGAACAGCCAAUCAGGUUCUUGGUAACAAUUACAAUUAAACGUCGAUUGGCUGUUUAAAAUUAGAAUUGUAAACAUGCAAAACUAUGUAGGCCCGGUCGUAGACGUUUGUGGGAGUGGUCGAUAUACAAAUUUUUGAUGCGAUUCCACAGUUCGGUGACUUUCGUAAUAUCAGUUGAUAAAAAAUCACAACAUUCUUCAAAUCGAUGUCAAAACACAAAAAUUUGACCCACAUUUGCACCUAGUCGCGCGGACAAAAAUAACAGAAAGGGACUGGCACUGGAGGUCAAGUCUGCUAUUUUUGGCUUCACUUUUUGGACGAGAGGUCUUACUCUAUAUAUGUAUGGAGCUUACUCGAUUCGAAUUUACCCCAUGUCCAUAUCCUGGUUUGUCACGUCGAGUUGAUGAAAUGAAUGUUACUUAAUUUAAAAAGUUUAGUGAACUUGUCAAAAUUGUCAAUACAGCAUCGUUGUAGCCGAAUUGGAAAUUGGCGUUGUAGCCGAAUUGAAAUACAUAGAUAGAUAGAUAGAUCGAUAGAUAGGUAGAACAGGUUUAAUCAAAUUGUAAAUUACAGUUGGUAUAACUGAAUUGCUUACGAGUAUUUACAUAUAUUUACAAUAAAAACUAUAGGCUAUAAUUGACACGAAAUAAAGUUAAGAAUUUAUACACUUAUACUAUUAGAUAUAAUGAAGGAGUUCUUAAAACGUUCUGUUCGAAUCUUAGGGACUAGAAAUUUAUGACAUUUCCUUAACGGAUAUGUACACUCGUUUUCCUCUGGGAUCAUUUGAUGUAGUUUGUGCUUGGUAUCCGAGUGUGCUUGAAGGAAAAGUUUUUUACAUGCUGCUUCUCUUCUGUUUCGCAAGGUUUCUAGAUUGACUAAUUCGAGCGCCUCUUCAUAAGAAGUAGGCAAACAUUGUAGUGACUGAAAAAAACACGACUUUAGUCUAAAUUUUUAAACUCUUUCCCUGACUGUUUAGGUGAAGGGGAAACCAUUUUCUCAUUAUGAACCUAUAAUUUAUUCUUGUAAGCUUUAUAUAAUUCAUAGUAACUAUUUUUAGGUGUCAAUAAGUGCUGGUGGUAAUGAAAUGCAUCCUUAUGCAGCAUUCAUUGUUGGCUUUAUUGCUGGGUCUACAUAUAUUGCUUGGGACAUUGUGCUUCUACAUAUCAAAGUUGAUGAUCCCGUCACGGCAACAUCAGGUAGAUUAAAGUGAUUUGAUAUCAGUUCGUUUAGUGACAAUGUUUAUAGAUGCAGUUUAAAGAAUAUUGGAAUUAAAAAAAUAGUUUGUCUAGCUUGAAAGAACGUUUAAAAUUAUGUACUAGCCUAAAUCUGGUUGCAGGUCUCUUAUAUCAAGCUUAUUACCUAUUACACUGAUUUGACUGAAGGCAAUGAGUUGUCGAAAAUCACUGGGGAAAAAAGUGAAAUCCAUACUACAAAAUUUACAAUUGCACCACAAAAUCCAUAAUAUAUCCAUACUAUUUCCAUACUAUAUCCAUACUAUGGAAAUAUACAAUUAUUAUGGAUAACCAAAACCCCUUCUAUUUCCAAUAAAGGUCCAUACAAUUUCCAUUCUAUGACCUUCUAUGGAUUUUCAAAAAUUUUUUCCAGUGCAUCUUAAUCCGGAUUAAUUCCUAGUAACUUGACUAAUGACGUCAAGACUGGGGUUAGUCUGAUAAAAUUACCUCUAACUGAUCGAGUAAAUAUCAAUAGUAAUUCAAAAAGCUUCUGUUCAAUUUCAAAGUUGAAAACCGAAAACAGGUUUUUGGCUUAUAUUCAUAUGACACUGAUUGGCAAGAUAUAAAAUUGCGUGAUCCCACUUAUGACGUAACAUGCACAUCGUGCAUGUAUAAUCGAAAAUGGCGGACGGCUCACAUCAGUCCAAUAUUUCAAAAAUCAAGCAAGAUAUGGAAAAAAGCUGUAAAAAGCCUUUAUAUAUUAUUUUAAUUAAUUUAAAGCUCUUUCAAAUCAGACAAACUAAAUUUUUACUGCCAAUAAUAUGUGCUUUAAUUGAUGGGUAUUUCCUAUAUUUUAAUAUGUGUCACAAUAAACAUUUUCGUCCAUGUUGGUGCACUGAUUUCACAAUGCACUUUACCAGUUCAUUUAGGUGGUGGAAUGUGGGGCCUACUUUCCGCACCUUUACUGAAUAAAAAUGAUGGUAUUCUGUACGUUGGUGAUAAACUGAGUUUUAAAUUGCUUGGAUGGAACAUCCUUGGUGGGGUUGUUAUCAUCGUGUGGUCAGCUUUGUUCUCAUCCAUACUGUUUCUUAGUCUCAAGUUCUUCAAGAAACUGAAAGUGACACCGGAAGUUGAAGCCAAAGGUAAUGUGAGGGAAAUAUAUUUUUAUGAUAAUAUCUUCAGUAUCAUUCACUGGUCGAAAUUAAUGAAAGGUAGUCAAAGUAGUUUCCACAUGUUACGCUUAGAACGUUAAUAUGCAAUGCGCAUUUGAAAAUACUCCAGUUGAUACUUGCGCAAUAUAAAUUAAUAAUUAACAAUUAUUGGAUGAGGUUUUUGUGAUAUGUGAAAUUAUCAAGAUCGAGGUAAGCGUUCUCGCUUACCGAGACCUUGAUAAUUUUGCAUAUCGCAAAAACCGAAUUCAAUAAUUGUUUUAUUAUACAUUUGUUUGUGUUACUGUCAAAAUACAAGAACCUUCCCACUUCCGCUUCUGUAACUUGUUAAAUUUGUAUUUAUGUUAUUUAAUUUGUUCUAUUUUCUGUAUGGAUUACCGCUUUAUCGGCACAUAUCGUGUUAGGAUCCGGUAGAAUUUCGCCAUUAUAUACGUCAAUUUGUAGCAAUGAAUACACCUUUCUUUACAUUCUUUUCUUUACAUUCGGUUUUAAACCGCCCCUCUAGUGUGUUCAUACUAUACAAAUUUAAAAUUACCAACUACAAUCAUUUAACGUACUAAAAUGAAAAUUUCGCAACUUUUAUGCAAAGAAUCUAACGAAAGGUGUAACCUUUGCUAAAUAUUGACGCAUAUAAAGGAAAGAAAGGGGAAUUCUACCGCGAUAUAUGCCGAUAAAGCGGUAAUCGCUACAGAAAAAUAUAGAACAAAUUACAGAAAUACAAAACAAGUUGCGGAAGUGAGAAGGUUCUUGUAUUUUGAUUGUAAAAAGAUACCGCUUGCUAAUCAUAGCAGGCUCAUAUAACUGAAUUUUAUAUAGGUUGCGUGAUUGCGCAAUUUAACUGUAAGCUCUUAGCCAAUCAAAUUGCUUUUACCAACUACAAUGUAUAAUAAUAAUAAUAAUUAUUAUUAUUAUUAAGCAAGAUUAAUUAGGAUGGUCACAUAUGCAUAAGCGUCGGGGCUUGAUCGUUUCCUGGAGUUCAUUAUCAGUUACUUCUAAUUUGCAAAGCCUUGUUCUUCUUUUUCUUCAAGGUCUUGAUAUUAGUAAACACGGUGAGCCAGCUUAUCCAAUUGGAGCAUACGCCGAGAGUACCUCAUAUCAAAUCCCUAAACCGGUUAUGGUGAAUGAGAGAACUAACCCUGCAUUUAGUAAUUUGGAUACAUCCAUGUCAAGCCAGCAGAGUGGGUCAAGGUUGCCAUAUGCUCAAAGCAGCGGUUCGGCCAUGUCUUGAACAAUGUCAAAAUUUGUUCAUGCAUCCGAAUCUAGACGGACUAUACAUCUUGGAUGAAAUCUGAGUAUCAAUUUUAGUUCACUUUUUAAUAUUGACGUAUAUACCAGUGGACUGUCAGUUUGUUAAACAAUAAUUAUAACCAUGUUUUAUACAUUCACACGUAACCCUGUCCCUUUUGAUACAGUUAUACAAUGUAUCAACUAUAAUGAAAGGUAUACAUCAACUAUAAACAACUAUGUUGAAGGAAAAGUUAACUUGUACCUCUAUCUUGUAGUGUAAGUGUAAGUUCCUGUAGUGUGGGAAAUAAAAUAUAUGAUCUUAUUGAUAUAAGACAAGUAUACUAGUCGUUUAAGAGUAAUAGUAUGGGAAAUAUUUAAUCAUAGUUAUGAUUUAAUUUUAUAAUAUAGCAUUUGCAAAUUCUGAACGCUGAUUGGCUAAGAGCCGUGUUGAUAUAACUCGAUGUCGACACAGAAAAUAUUUUUCUUUAUAUUUCUUCGUCCUAUAUUAUAAAAAAUAUAUAAAACGUUUUUUCCGUAUUGGUAUAUAGUUUUAUUAUAUGGCUUUUCAAAAUUCCGGCUAUAUUUCGAUUGGUUGACAGCAGUCCGUAAAAACCCAUAUCCGGAC